GGCGCUGCGUCAGCGGAAGCGGCGCGGAGCGGCUGUUUCCGACCCGAUAAAGCGGCGUUGUCCCCGCGCGCCGGCCGCAGCCUCGCAGCGCUCCCUCUGCGCCCGCGUCGCUGACUGACUGAGUGACCUACUGAUCGCCCGGGCCGCCGGCCGAGGGAGCAGCCGACGUCCGGACGCUGCCGCCGCCGCCCACCCCCGGUGCGCCCGGGGCUCGGUGCCCCCACCGCCCCCGCCCGGCCCGGCCGCUCCGCCGUGCCCGCGGCCCCGGCCGGAGGAGACAGAUCACCCAGUCACUCGAUGGGGAUUAACGGCGGACCACCUGUGUGUGUCACCCUCCCACCUCUCUGUCGAAAGAACUUCAGCACCGCUUCAAUAAUAAUGAUGAAACUGGUAUUAACUGAAUGGCACUUAUGGAUUUUUAACUCUAAUUCACAGUAAACCAGCAAGCCAUAUGUUUAAAAUCCAACCAAAAAAUCGUUUUGCUGCGUGUCUCAUACAAUUGUGAGAAGUCAUGAGAUCCCUGUUUGUACAAAGAGGAAUAUAAGUAUUACUUGCCUGAGGAACACAGAAGACGUCUUAAUUUAUCAUUAAAGAUAUAUGAUAGUAUUAUUUAUAUAGAUAGAAUAAAUAUAUAUAAAUAUAUAUUUUUGGUGGUAAUGAAAAUGGCUCCGCAGAAUGCCGACUCAGAAUCUAUGCAAGUUCAAGAGUUACCUGUGUCCCUGCCGGACCCGCAGAAGCCUGGCGAGUCAGAUGCCGAGAACCAGGACGAGACCCUCAGCGAGGGCUCCAUAGACCGGAUCCCCACGCGCCUGUGGGUGAUGCACGGGGCGGUGAUGUUUGGCAGGGAGUUCUGUUAUGCCAUGGAGACGGCUCUGGUCACCCCCAUCCUGCUGCAGAUUGGCCUCCCGGAGCAGUACUACAGCCUCACCUGGUUCCUGAGCCCCGUCCUCGGCCUCAUCUGCACGCCUCUCAUCGGCUCUGCGAGCGACCGGUGCACCCUGAGCUGGGGCCGCCGGCGGCCUUUCAUCCUUGCCCUGUGUGUGGGCGUGCUCUUCGGAGUUGCCCUUUUCCUUAACGGCUCUGCCAUUGGCCUGGCGCUCGGCGAUGUCCCUGGCCGGCAGCCCAUCAGUAUUGUCCUCACGGUGCUGGGUGUGGUGGUCCUGGACUUCAGUGCUGAUGCGACUGAGGGGCCCAUCCGUGCCUACCUGCUGGACGUGGUGGACAGCGAGGAGCAGGACAUGGCCCUCAACAUCCACGCCUUCUCUGCUGGCCUCGGCGGGGCUGUGGGCUACGUGCUGGGCGGGCUGGACUGGACCCAGACCUUCCUGGGCGACUGGUUCCGAACACAGAACCAGGUGCUCUUCUUCUUCGCCGCCAUCAUCUUCACGGUGUCUGUGACCCUGCACCUGUUCAGUAUCGAGGAGGAACAGUACAGCCCGCAGCAGGAGCACACCGAGGACACGGACACCCCACCCGCCAAGCUGGGCUGUGCCCACCCCACCGCCCCCCGCCUGGGCGCCCUGGACGGGCCUGAGAAGUAUGGCGCUGUGCCCACCUUCCCCGACGAGGUUCAGUCGGAGCACGAGCUGCCCCUGGACUAUCUCGACGUGGACAUUGUGCGCAGCAAGAGUGACUCUGUGCUGCAUAUGCCAGAUGCCACACUGGACAUGGAGCCCGAGCUGCUCUUCCUGCAUGACAUUGAGCCCUCCAUCUUCCAUGAUGCCUCCUACCCCACCACCCCCCACAGCACCAGUCAGGAGCUCCCCAAAGGACACCUGGGACACAUGCCCCGAAAGGCUACAUUCCUCAGGGAAGCGGUGAAGGAGGAGGAGACCCUGCUUGAUAAUCACUUGAACGAAACUAAAGUCCCCAAUGGGAGUGGCUCCCCGCCGCCAAAAGACACCAUCAGUGACUACCCCAGGGUGGACGUGAAGCCGGCUGCAUCCGGCUCCAUGCGGCGGAGGAGGCACGCAUUCCACCGGCAGGUCUCCAGCACCUUCUCCUACUACGGCAAGGUCGGGUCCCACUGCUACCGCUACCGGCGGGCCAACGCCGUGGUCCUCAUCAAGCCAUCACGCAGCAUGAAUGACCUGUAUGACCUGCAGAAGCGGCAGCGGCAGCGGUGCCGGCACAGGAACCUCAGCGGGGCCACCAACUCGAGCGGGGACACGGAGAGUGAGGAGGGUGAGAGUGAGACCACAGUGCGCCUGCUGUGGCUGUCCAUGCUGAAGAUGCCGCGCCAGCUGCUGCGGCUGUGCGUCUGCCACCUGCUCACCUGGUUCUCCGUCAUUGCCGAGGCCGUGUUCUACACCGACUUCAUGGGCCAGGUCAUCUUCAAAGGGGACCCCAAGGCCCCCUCUAACUCGACGGCCUGGCAUUACUACAAUGCCGGGGUCAAGAUGGGCUGCUGGGGCCUGGUCAUUUAUGCUGCUACCGGUGCUAUUUGCUCAGCCCUGCUACAGAAGUACUUGGACAACUACGACUUGAGCGUCAGGGUGAUCUACAUGCUGGGGACUCUGGGCUUCUCCAUCGGCACGGCAGUGAUGGCCAUGUUCCCCUACGUCUCCAUCGCCAUGGUCACCAUCAGCACCAUGGGCGUGGUGUCCAUGAGCAUCUCCUACUGCCCCUACGCCCUGCUGGGGCACUACCAUGAGCUCAAGCAGUACGUCCACCACAGUCCUGGGAACUCCAAGCGCGGCUUUGGCAUAGAUUGCGCCAUCCUCUCCUGCCAGGUCUACAUCUCCCAGAUCCUGGUGGCUUCGGCCCUCGGGGGUGUGGUUGACGCCGUGGGGACUGUCCGCGUCAUCCCUAUGGUGGCCUCCGUGGGCUCUUUCCUGGGCUUCCUGACAGCCACGUUUUUGGUGAUCUAUCCCGAGGUGUCAGAGGAGGGCAAGGAAGAGCAGAAAGUUCUGUCCUCCGAGCCGACUGGUGAAGGCGGGGCUGGCAGGGGCAGCGAGAAGCCCACCAUCCUGAAGCUCACGCGGAAAGAAGCCCCACAAGGACUGGUGGAGACGGAGUCCAUGGUCUGAGCCUUGCUCCCAUCCAGCACGUCCCUCCAGGCGAGAGAUGUGGAGGGCAGGCUGUGGGCGGGGCGGCCUGGGCAGCAGACAAGCGCAGCCCCCACCAGGCCCUCCAGGCACAGUCAAUUUAGUAGUCCUAGGCUAGGUUCGCGCUAUAGACAGAAAUACCACACUAAUUACUUUUUCAACAAUUAAAAAAUCAUUUGAAAUAUUUUUUUAAUUGAAAAAGAUCUUUUAAUUUCAACUCUAUCUUUAUUCUGCAGGUAUAUUAUUCUGCAUGUUUUUAAAGUAUAAGACAUUUACAAUAUAGACAGUAAGCAAUUUAGAAAAAAUAAGAUUUUGCAUUUCUGAAAUUAUAAUCGAAAACAAAACACUGACGCCCUGUGCUGUAUCCUCUCUGAGUACUUCAGGUAAUGGCAGUGUCGUCAGUGGCCUCCAGAUGCCUGCAGGUAUUUGGAUGUCUGUCAGAUCUCAUCACAUUGGUGAUGUUGCAGCUAUCGGAGAGCAUUUUUAGGGUUAUUUUAGGCAAACUUUUUUUUUUCCACAGUUGUGGUUUUCUUAGAAACACAUCAUCUCUUUUCCUCAGAGAGUUUGACAAACUGUGCCCAGGGCAGCCCUGGCCUUGGGAGUGGCCACACACCAAAGCUGGGCUCAGGUUGGCCCAUGGAAGCCAUGGGCAGGAGGCAGCAAUUUGCAACGUGGGUUCCAGAGCCCUGCCCCAGUGGCGGGCUGGGCAAAUGUGAACUCUCAGCUGGGAGCCUGCGGGCUCCCGUGCUGCAUCCAAACGACCAAUUCACCUCGUCUGAAGUACUCCCAGGAGACCAGGCGGCCUCUCCAGACCCCUCCCUGCAUCAUGGGAGAGGAAGUGUUGUUGACUCUUCCAUUGCACUUUGUCUCCAAACCAUUUUCUGGGGAAUCCCAAGCACAGCGCUCUAGGCAGGCGCCGCCUCCCUCCCAAGUCCUGGCACAAGGCUACCUCAGGUGUAUGUGGGGCAGCAGCCCCAGGACGGGGAGCAUGUGGGUGCCCCAGGACCUCCGUCCCCUCCUCGAAGGGGCCUCACAUGCUGGGACCUGUCAGAACUCUGUGACUUCCUCCCCGCGCACCCUGUUGAUGCUGGGACUCUGGGGCCAGUGCCGAGACAGGCAAGCAUCUGUCUGAGACGGGGCAAGGCCCACUUCGCAGAGGGCUCCGCCAGGGAUUUCUGGUUUCAGCAAAUAAACAAAACUCGGGGAAGUACAGUCAUCAAAUGCUGCAGCUAUCUGGAAAUGUUUUUAUACCUAAGCAGUUUCUGCUCUUAGUUCGAACGGUCAGUCUAAGCUUACUAGGAUUGAGAGGCCCCUGCACACCACGCAGAUAAAGUCAGACAGUUGUAAUACUUCCGCUGCCUCAAGUGAAUGUUUUUUAAAUAAAGUACUUUGAAAUGCAUGAGAAUCAUGCUGCAAUAUUGAUCAUUCUACAGCAAAUACAUAUAUAUAUAUCUAUAUAUUUCAAGAUGAAACUAAAGCAGUUUUUAAAUAAAUUACUUGAAUUUUCUGUGUAUUUAAAGGAAUGACUAUGAUCGAUGUACUUGACGGGCCUCUGGUCUUGCCCUGCCUCUUGCCCUCUGUCGGCUGGUGUGUUUUGUGUCUGAGCAGCACUGGUACCUGGUGACGGGAGGUGUGUGCUCACCAGUCCACGGCAUGUCCCUCACAGCCCCAUCAUCACGGAGGACUGACUCAAGACUGCAAGAGCAUCUUCCGUGUGGAUGAAACUUGAAUGGCCUUGUGAUCUCACGCUUGGACAGGGCGAGUCCAACUACCGACCACUGCCACACUGCUGCCAACACGCCACCAGCAAGAGCCCAGCAUCAGGGCAGUCUGACCUUCCCUGGGGUAACAGGUACCUCUGUGGUUCUCACCCCCGCCAGCCUUCCCCUCAAGUAUCAGGCACCUCUGGGGUCCUCACCCCCGCCAGGCAUCCUUGACAGCCCUUUCCUAUGCAACUUGGUUCCCUUCCAUGGCUUUAAGAUUGUAGAACGUGAGAUUUCACUGAGGUUGCCAGGAUGUGGCCGUUUCCCACAUCAUAGCCAUUGUUCUAACUGGGUUAUCCUGACAACUAGGAGAGACAGGGGUGACCUGAUUCAAGAUCUCAACAAACCAAACCAAACCCCUGGGUCCAGCCAAGAGGCCCCAGGGGUAGCUGCAGUUCCCACAGAUGCAGGAGGCUUGGGCCUGGCUGGCCCUUGAUUUUAGGAGAUCCCAGCCUUAAACUGACAGUUGUCUGAGGUGAGAGACAGCAAAGGAUGUGCCGUGUUCACUGCUGGAACAUGAACACGCUAAGCCACAGUGCCAGUCAGCAAAGAGUGUGACUGCUAUUCCCGGACGGAAGGGGUUUAAAGCUGGAAGUCCUCCAGAUGUUUGCAACCAAAGUCUUUUUCUCACUGUGGGCCUGGUCAGUGCAGCCCCGGCAGGAGGCUGGGAUUUCGCUCCACGCAUUGGUAGCACGUUGUCUUCUGGAGCAGCCUUCCUGGGAGGCUCAUGGUGUGAGUGUUCCUAGGUGGAGGAAGAACCAGCAGACAGAUUCUUCUGCCGUGGCCCCUCCCUUGCAAUGAGAUUUCAGGAUUGCACUGAUUUGAGCCGAGUAGUGUCAUCACCUUGUGUCUUAAAAGCUGGGCAGGAGGCCAGCUGUGUGUAGUCUGCAUGGGUCCUACUAUGGGCAGGAGGCUGGCUGUGUGCAGUCUGCAUGGGUCCUACUAUGGCUCUGACAUCAUACCUCAGAGCUGCCCACGCCAUCCGCCUGUCUGCCACCUGGAAGGAGAGUGCCCUGUCUGGGCCUUGGCCCCCACCAGCACUGGUGGGGCUGUGCCCUUCCCAGGCUGCCAACCAGCUAGCCAGCACUGAGGACACAGGUGGAGUUGGCCUUGCAGGGUCCUCGGGCUGGGGAUGCCACCCAGCACCACAUAGCAUGUCAGGGCAGGGUUUUAGGGAGCUGGGCCCUAUGUGGUACUUGGGGUGUAUUGCCAGAAUAGGGCAACCUUGGUCUGACUGGUGUUUUUGUUCAGUUAAGUAAUCUUAACAAUGUUCCUCUUAACACGAGUAGCAGAAGUUCCCGUGUCAGAGAUGUAAGUCGGAGAGAAGGCACGGAGGCUGCAGGCAUCUGGCCGGCCCAGCUUGUCUUUGCGGUGUUCUCCCCGACACUCCCCAGUGGCUGCGGAGCCAGUGGUGGAGGUUCUGUUUAACUCAGGCCCCUCAGGCAAGCAGCAGGCCCUUCACAUCCCUGUGGGAGGCAGGACAGUGGAGCCUCCUCAGAUGCUUAGUGGCCCCCGGUGGAGGAGUGGGUCUGUGACCACUUAGGACCCAAAGCUGAGCCUCUCUUUAAGUGGCUGCAGAACAUGGCACCAUGGCACACAGGAGUGGGCAGGAAUCAGGCUGACCAGGGCAAUGCCAGUUCCUGCCAUGGGGACAGCCCAAUCCCUAAAAUCUGUGAUGUUUGGAGGCAUGUUGGAAAAAUACUCUGAAGAUGCCAGCCAUGCCCUCUGUGGCUAAUGGUCUGUGCAGCAGUGGGUGAUGGUGACCUGGUGUAGACCAAGUUUGUUCACACUGGACCUACCAACUCCACAACAGAGGCGCCAAAAUCUCGCUUUUCCGAGGUCUUUUGCUUCUACGAAGCCUCUGUCCAUCAUUAAGCCACCAAAACUGAAUGUACAAGUUACUGUCGCUGAUGAGUCCCAGUGACAUCAGAAGCUGCUUCUGAGAGACACCAGCUCCCUGCCUCCAAGCCCAGGCCUCUUCAGGCCUGCGUGAGGGGCCCCGGUUUCCAAGAGCUCCUGGGGGGACUGCCCAGCACCCACCUGGGAGAGGUGUCUGUGCAUUUCCAGCUUGAACGUGGCCUGUGCCUACUUGGCACGUUGGCAGCCCAGUCUAACAUCACUCGUGUGAAGCCAGUCAUCAGCAUCCUGGCCAGAUCCCCUCCACCCCAGCCCGAAGGCCUCCAAAAGAGCUGAGCACCCCUCCCAGUGACUCUGCCCCCCAUCCGGGGCUGCAAGGGUGACAAUGGCCUGUUUGUUGGAAACGCCUCCUUACCAGAGCAACUCCCUAGGCAACUUGGGACAAAUGAUUUAGUUCCAUUGUGAACUGGCUACAGGACAACUUUUUUAUCAACUUAUUAAGUUGGAGCACUGUAAUAGCUCUUGCUGAUUUUAGCAGUGACAUAGUGUGUGUUAAACACAUAAGGCUAAGUUUUCUGAGGAAAGGGAUCACGGGUGACAGUGCGCGGGACUUAGCCGUGAGGUGGGCGGGGAGCCCUGGGAUGCAGCUCCGCGCCCUAGCCAGGUGGACUCUGGCCGGCCCUGCUGCCCCCAAUACUCGGUCCUGCUCGUGGUUCGGUCUGUUAAGCUCCCUGUCUUCCUGUGUCUGUCCUCAGUGCCUCUGCCAUUGACUCAAUAAACUUUUCC